AUGGGAGAUUAUGGGACUCCUCCCAGAAUCCUGGCCAGGGGGGUUGAGAGCUCCCAAGGAAUUCACGGCGCUGAGAUGACACGGGCCACCUUAGUAAGAGACCUGGAGGUGUCUGUGAGCGACGGGGAUGAGGCAGACGCCUCAAUAAUCCUGCAGUUACACCCUUACUCGGAGGACAGAGAUGAUCUGCAGCCUGGUCAGGAACAGACGGCUUUGAACGAUGGUGGGAUCCUGAAACAUUCGACCACUUUGACAAACCGUCAGCGGGGCAAUGAAGUUUCUGCUUUACCAGCUACCCUGGACACGCUCUCCAUUUACCAGCUAGCAGCUCAGGGGGAACUUACCCUGCUGAAAGAAAACCUGCGGAAAGGAGAGAACCUGGUGAACAAACCGGACGAGCGAGGCUUCACCCCCUUGAUGUGGGCCUCGGCUUUUGGAGAGAUUGAAACCGUCCGUUGCCUCCUGGAACAGGGCGCUGACCCCCAUGCCCUGGCGCACCAGCGGGAGAGCGCUCUGUCGCUCGCCAGCACAGGAGGAUACACCGACAUCAUCGUCUUGCUGCUGGAGAAGGACGUCGACAUCGACACCUACGACUGGAAUGGUGGGACCCCACUCCUGUACGCUGUGCGGGGCAAUCACAUGAAGUGCGUCGAGACGUUGCUAGCCCGAGGCGCCGACCUUACCACUGAAGCAGAUUCCGGUUACACACCAAUGGAUCUGGCGGUGGCGUUGGGUCACAAGAAAGUGCAGCAGGUGAUUGAAAAGCAUAUUCUGAAAUUAUUGCGGAACAAAGAGACUGAAUGAAAGACA